GUAAGGUUAGGUUUGUGUUCAAGCUUUGACAUUUAGUUCUUAGGUUAUGUUUACAUUCCGCAGUCGAGAAUUUAAAAAAAAAUAUUUAACCGUUUUUUUAUUAUUUGAUGAUAAAAAGUGAAAAAAGGAAUUAGUGAUGGAUUUACAUAAAAAGUUUCAAACUCUACCGAUAAUUGAUUUAUCAAUAAUACUUGGCUCUAAAAAUUAUCAAUCGAUGAUUAAUAAUUUGAUAAAAGUUUUCAAUAACGAACUAUUGACGUCAACAAUAGAUAUAAAUAACUUAAAAACUUACCAUAUGAUCCUCUGCCAAAAUUAUCAACAGAAUCCAAAAGAAAAGUUUCUCGAAAACAAUCUCUCCAUUGCUGAUUUAUUUUCCCAAUCAAACAAUUUUGCUAACAAUCAAUUCUUACUAAUUAAGGAUAUCAUUAUUUUACGAUUAUUCUUCGAUCCAACAAAUAUUUAUCAUGAAUUUGAUCAAUUUCGAUGUAAAAACUCCCUGACGGUGAACAUCAUCCAAAAUGAAGAACAGAAUUUUUAUAUGAAUUUUAUCGAAUGUUUCGUAGAUGUCUUUCGUUUAUUGCACUUCAACAAUGUGCAGUUUGAAUGUUCUAAUUUCAAUUUCCCGAUUGCUUCUGAUUUGGAAAUUUGGUAUCGACACAAAAAUGAAAAGUCCUGUGGAAUUCUUGUUUCCCUUGUGCCGAAAUUUAUCGAAAUCUCCUUAAUCGAGUGUUUGGAGACACUUUGGCUCUUAAUAAGAGAUAACAAUGACCUAACGGGAUUUUGUAUUGUUCUAAAUUUCUUGUCUCGGGAAAAGAAGAUUUUUUAUCAAAUUCUUCAAGAUGGGGAAUUGUGGACAAUUAUAUUGAAUGGACUGAAAGAUUCCAAGGAAUCGACGAGAAAACAGGCGAUGUUUGUCUUUAAAAUUAUCGCCGAAUUCCUCUGCAAAGAAGAUGAGUAUUUUGGAAAGACUUCCCAGCUUCCGAAAUUGAUCCAAAGCGAUGGAUCUGUUUCGCGGACUAAACAAAUUCCAUUCACUUGCAACUCAAAUCGAGAAUCAAUUUCAGAAGUGAGAAAAAAUUUUAUUCUCAUUCUUGAAUCACUGGAGGAGAAGAAACAACAUCUUGUAAUUCCCACUUUCUCCAUUUUGAGCAAUCUUCUGGUAGCUUAUCAAGAUCAUCAGCAAUGUUCCGAUUGUUUCGAGUUCAGAUGGUUGGGGUGUAUUUUUGAAAAAAUUCUCCGUCACGAGAGCAAUACGAUUGUCAAACUUGGAGUAUCGUUUAUCCUUCAGCUAAAUCCCAAUGAUUACGACGAUAAUUUUAUCAGUCUGUUAGCGAAUGCCUUGAACAAUCGUUUUUUGUACGAAAUCGAAGAUGAUGACUACGAUGGACCAAAAAUUUUUUAUGAACUCUGCCGGUUUCUCGAGAAAUUUGAGAAUGGAUUCAUUGACAAAUUUUUAUCAUCGAUUUCCAAAGUUUCCUGGGAUCCAAUUUCUAUUUUUUAUGUGACUUUAUCACUUGCAAGGGGAGAGAUUUCUUGUCAAUGUUCUCGGGAGAAUUUAAUGAGUCUCAAGAAAUUGGUGGAGGGAAAUCUUUGUCAUCAUUCGCUAUUAUUGAGAAAAGGAUCACAAAGAAACAUCAUCAUUGCAAUUACUCGUUGGAAAUGGGAGGAAAUUGAUCUAAAAGCUUUGGCAAGUUUUCUCGUCAGUUUCCCGAAAGAUGAAUGCCUUCAACUUAAUUCGGAAUGCUGGCGAAUGAUUGUCGAUCUAUUGGGCAAAUUUUCCAUCAGUGGGACAGAAUACAUUCGCGAAUGUUGUGAAAAUAUUGGCGAAAAUCGUGAAAUAAAUAUCGAAUCAUUUGCCAGGAUGUUAGCAAUUCUUGAAGAUUCACAUCAUCUAAGUGAGGAAAAUGCUUUCGGAGAUUUAGUACAAUUAUUCUAUAGCAUUCAUAACGUGAAUUCGCGUCUCUACCUGAAUCAUGAGUUAGCCCAAAGUAUUUUAGAAUUGUUCUUCUCUUUAGUGGAUUAUGAAAACUUUUCCAAAUUCCUCCUACCAUUUUCAACCGACGUUCUUGAUUUUUUAACGAUUGCUGGAAAAUCACCAAAUCUCCGAAUUGACAAAUAUUUGCCGUAUUUCCAAAAAAUUCCUCUUCUCUUAAGGAAGGAAAAUCUCAUCGGGAAGCUGGACCAAGAGGCAUUGUACUGUUUAAAUGCUAAUUGUCCACCGUUACGAAGACUAUUCGGCAUUAAGAUGCUCGAGAUUUGUCAGAAACAAAGAAACGGAUUUUUAACUAAGGAAAUUUUUGACAUUUUCUUGAAGAAUUUUUCAAUUCCUUUGAUGUUUGAAGAAGAGAAGAGUUUCGUCGAAAUUAAGGGCAGAGCAACAAUGGAAUAUUAUUUGACUUUUACAAAAAUUCUUCACCUUUAUUUGGCAACGACUUGCAGUGAUAUUCCGAAUAGUCUUACGAUUGCUUCGGAAUUAUUCGAUAAAUCUGGAGUUUGUGGGGUGCCAUUCGUAACUGGAAUAGUAGCAGAAAUUGUAGGACAAAAAAUAUUUGUUGAUAGUAAAGAUUUUGGGAGUGUGAAAAAUUUAAUGGACAUAUGUUGGAAAUCCAUUUUUCUGGGAAAGAAGAACAGAUAUUUUUGGAUGACUCUGGACAAUAUAUUUCGAGUUCUCUUAUGUCCAAAUUUCUUUCAAGUUGAGACGACUUUUGUACUUGAGUUGCUAACCUCAAUUCUAAAUCAAGGAGACACGGCGCCUAGAAUAAAGAUCUAUCUAUUGGAACAAUUAUCUAAUUUAGAAACAAAAUGUCUUUUCCUGUUUCAAGAGGCGAUUUUAAAUUGCAUCCUUCAUGGGCAAGCGCUACGUAAAGACGCGAAAAUUGAAUUACAAGCACUUGAAUUUCUAUCUAAUGGAAAUGUUGAUACUACAAAAAUUUCUAAUUAUAAUAUUGACAGUGAAAUUAGAGCGCGUGGAAUUAUUUUACUUCAUCGAGCAGUAUGUGAAAAUGAAGAAUUUGCCAUUGUAAUUUUUCACCAUGCGCUUAAGAUUUUUAAAAAAUACAAAGACAAACGUUACUUUGCCGACUCAAAUUCACAUCGAAUUCAACAGAGAAUUUGUCAAAUUUUAUUAAUAUUGGAACCAAUUUUAAAUGAGGAAUGCAGGAUACUAUUGAAAAACGAACUAAUUGAUAUUCUGCUCUCGAAUACUGCUGAUCAACCAAGUAUUCAAAUAAUGAUGUCCUGGAUUUUGUCGAAAAUUUUUUCCUAUCAAAAAAGUGAUCCUAGUGAAUUGGUCAAUUUCUUCAAACAGAUCAAAGAAAAACGACCCGGCAAUUUGAAAUUUGCUGCUGGAGUGAUUCUUCAAAUUUCGAAACUUUUAAAAGAGGAUGAUGAUAAUUUUAAUAAUUUCUUUACAACUGCUAUAUCACUCCUUGCUCCUGAAUGUUUGGGGCCAACUUUCAAUACUCGUCUCGUUUGUCAGAUAGUUAUUGUGAAACUUUAUAAAAGACUGAAUUACAGUGAUAAUUUAUAUAAAGCAACAAUUGAAACAUUAAAUCAGAGAAAUUUUUCAAUUGUCAACGAAUUUUAUUACGAGGACUUCCAUUUAUUAAACAAUUACAACUUACAGUCUAUUUAUUACGAUGUUCCACGUUUAGCAAAUAUGAGUAGCGAUGAAUUAAUUUCACCAACCGAAUUUGAAAAUUAUGGAUUUAUUCAGUUGGAAAAACAUUCGCUCACAUUAUUUGAUAAUUCUAACUCAUUGACCCGUUUACAAUUGAUUCGAAAUAAAGUUAAAUCGCAAGGAUCGCAAGCAGAAAAGAAUGAAGAGUUGAAGAACGAUUGUUUGGUAGAUCUACAGAAAAAAAUUGUACCUGAUAAAUUGGCAAUUUUUAAUAAUACUGACAGUGAAGAAAUGACUAAAAAUGAAUCGAUAAUUGUCGUUGCAUCAUUAGUUGAGAGAAUUCCAAAUCUCGGUGGAAUUGCAAGAACAUGCGAAAUAUUUGGCGCCGGCGAAUUAGUAAUAGCAAAUAAAAUGUUUAUUGAAAAUAAGGAAUUUCAAUCACUAAGUGUCACGGCUGAAAAAUGGAUAAAAAUCACUGAGGUAAAACCUCAAGAAUUGUCUAAAUAUUUACUGGAAAUGAAGGAAAAUGGAUGGAAAUUAAUAGGAUUGGAGCAAACCAUUAAUAGUUGUACUCUUUUGGAGAAAAAGUUUGAGAGGAAAACUGUUUUACUACUUGGAAACGAGAAGGAUGGAAUUCCACCAAAUUUGAUACCAAUUUUGGAUAAUUGUGUAGAAAUACCACAAGUUGGAAUCAUAAGAUCUUUAAAUGUUCACGUGACCGGUGCAAUUUGCAUUUGGGAAUAUGCGAAGCAACAUUGUUUUAAUUAAGAGUAUGAUAAAUUACAAUGAACAUUAAAAGUGUACGUAAAUGAAUUCAACUAUUUUUAUAAUGCUCCAAAAAAAUAAAAAGACUCCAGCAUUUUUGUAACAAAA